GGAGAUUCCGAUCACGUGACCACUGUGGGACCCGGAAGUCGGAUCCAGCACCUUGUCAAAACAAACCGAGACUGUUGGGAGCCGAAACUUCUCUUUUCUUCAAUAACUUGGAAUCGUGUUGUUCAUGCCAUGGACGAAACAAUUUUCCAGCUAAAGUUCACCUCCAAGCAGCUCGAGAGACUGGCCAAAAAGGCAGAGAAGGAGUCUGACAAAGAGCAGGCCAAAGUCAAGAAGGCUUUGCAACAGAAAAACGUGGAAUGUGCCAGAGUGUACGCGGAGAACGUUAUCCGGAAGAAAAAUGAGAGCCUCAAUUGGCUGCGCAUGGCGUCGCGAGUUGACGCGGUGGCCUCCAAAGUCCAGACCGCCGUCACCAUGAAGGCGGUGAGUAAAAAUAUGAGCCAGGUCACCAAAUCUCUGGACAAAGCUCUCGGCUCCAUGGAUCUCCAGAAGGUCUCUGCGGUCAUGGACAAGUUUGAGAGCCAAGUCCAGAACCUCGACGUCCACACCUCGGUGAUGGACGACUCCAUGAGCUCUGCAAUGACGCUGACCACGCCCCAGGAGCAGGUGGACGACCUGAUCCACCGGAUAGCAGAGGAGGGCGGCCUGGAGGUGAUGGACCAGCUCAGCCAGCUGCCCGCCGGAGCCACCUCGGUGGGCGCGGAGAGCUCGCGCAGCCAGGACAGGGAGGACCAGCUGUCCCGAAGGUUGGCUGCUUUGAGGAACUGACGGCGCCCUCAGGACGAGCCGGCGCCGGGGAGGCGGGCGAGUGUAAAGACGGUGGCGGGAGUCGUGCGAGUGCGUUUCUAUCAAAUUGUUUCUAUCAGGAGGACUUAAUGAGCCUAUCGAUUCUCCCCCCCCUCCUCCCCGCCUCUAUAAAUACUCCCACCCACUACAGCUGAAAAUACCAGAGACGACAUCUAUUCCUGUUUGUCCCCCUGGAAUUCCUCAUUGGAUUUCAUUUUACCUCUUACGUCCCCUCUUUCUCCUCCUCUUCCUGUGGCUGCACUCAUGACUUCUGAAGUCAUCAUCAUGUCUGCUUUGUACAACAAUACGAUGCUGAGAACGAAUACAUUUUAACAGGCUGUGAUAGCGGUCACACGGGGGGGGGAGGGGUGGAUGGAUGUAUGUAUCUACCAUCGUGUUUUCUGGGUCUUUGACAGUUUAAAUUAACUAUUGUUCUUUGGAAUGUACAUUGAAAAAUAACCUUUUGUCUUUUAAAAAUGAAAAAAAUAGGCCGCUCCAUGUUGUUGAGUCUAAAAACAGUCUCCCUCAGUCCCAACAACUGCCUCAUGACGACGGAGCCUUUGGCUCACCAAGGAUUUAUGUGUUCUUCUUUUUGGUUGUUGUUGUUUUCUCACAUCUGUAUCAGACUUUUGUUUUGCUUUAAACGCCUUAUAUUGAAUGGAGGUGCUCGCAUAGGUGUCCCGCAGUGCCUGGAGGACCUUAGACUAGAGAGAGAGAGAGAGAGCGAGCAGCAGUGCAUUAAACUCAGCAGUCAGAAGAAAAUGAUUUUUCUGGUGUGAUGUUUUACUUUAAAACUGAAAAUAAAGUCAUCAUCCCCUCAUGUCAGUCCCAAACUGUGCAUGUAUGUAUGUGUUAUAUCUAUUCUUCUUUUGACAAUCGAUUGUUCCUCUGCCCAUAAAACACCAUCUUGUUUCUUCGGGAUCAUAGCUCCGGAUUGAAGUGACUUCCCUGGUUUGGAUGCGUCCUCCUUUUAGGCGUUAAAUGUGUCAGUGACGCGUUUCAAAGGCCUGAUCCUCAGUCUCUGACAUAGGGAGGGUUUAUUUUGAAUUGAGAGCACUUUUUUUUUCUAUACUUGUGAAAAAUAAAAUCUCGCCCUCCUACACAGCC